AUGAAUCCACCUAAUUCUCAACCGUUGCUCAAUGAGUUCCGACGCCAGUACCAUAUCCUCGAAGGGACAAUCCGGCAGGCCUUUGCGCACGGCAGCGACACAACAAUGUUGGAGAGAUUGCAGGAUCGUGUCGACGAGUUCACUGCGCUGGUUCAUGAGGCUCAUCGGGAACCCCCGACUGUCGUUCAUGAGGAAAAGCUGGAACCUGGACAGCGGGGACGCCCAAUGAUACAUAUCGACCCCGACUUCCUCGCCUGGGCCUACACACAACGUAGCAUCUCAGGGAUCGCACGCUUCCUUGGAGUUCAUCGCCACACGGUCAAAAGGUGUCUGAUUGACUAUGGCAUCAUCGCCUCCCCAGCAAAUACGAACGAUACGAACUUCGAACACGGGGAUGUGCCGACUGGCCUUACCUCUCUUUGUGCGGCUUACAGCCUUCCAGGUUCAGAGUUCAUCACUUCUAUCCACGCAUCUCUACCAUCCCAAGCCAGACACGCACGCAACACUCUCCCUGACGCUGAUUUGGACCAGACCAUUGUCGUUCUCCGCUCACACUAUCACCGUGCAGGCCAGCGGAUGCUUGAUGGCAUGUUACGUGCCCUGGGAUACCACAUCACCCGUGCUCGUAUUCGCGAAUCCUUCCUACGGGUAGAUCCAGUCCGCCGCGUUUUCGAGCGCAUUAGAAUACGGCGCAGGGAGUAUCGUGUUGCGGGACCGAACGCACUCUGGCAUCAUGACGGUCAACACGGCAAAAGUGUGCACAAUAUCCGUAUCGAGCGGUUGUGGGUAGAUGUCACCAUGCAAGUUGGCGCUAAAUGGGCCGACUUCUUCUCUACACUCGAGCUUCAUCACGGACUCGACAUCAACAACGUCUUUCACAUUUGGCUUCUUCACCACCUCUUCCUGCCUGAUAUCAAUCAAGAACUCGCUUUCUUCAUCGAGUCCUGGAACCAGCACAAGAUCACCAUCCGGGGUGGUCCGAGCCGCUCGCCCGCAGAUAUGUUUGGCUUCGACAUGCUCGUCAACGGUGUCCGCGGCGAUGCUCUCGCCUCGCUCGAUCCCAUGGAUGGUGAGGAGCUGGAGGUAUAUGGUGUAGACUGGGAGGCGUUACAUGACGAUGGGCUUCGUGCAAACCACGCAUUAAAUAAUACACACACUGAAGGGUGGUCCUCGUGGAUCGGUCAGGCGGGCCCUCCUCCUCCCGCGCAUCUCAAUGAAGUCAACGUGGAAGCCCCCGAAUUGGAGGAGGAAGAGAGGUUGUCUGCAGUUUUGCAGCCUCUGGUUGCUGCUGCCGGCCGAAUCGAUACCGUUGCUGAUGCGCAGAGUCUUUUGAAUAGGUGGGCUACAGGUCUUGCGAUUACAACUGCGUACUACAUGCAUUACUAG